GGCCACUCUAGCAUUUAUCAUGUUUAAGAUAGAGUCCUGUACAGCUUUCUACUCUUUCUACCUCCCUAUCGCAGCUGCCAUGUACAUGGCUGGAUUCGAUAGGGAGAAGGAACAUGCUAAUGCUCUAAAGAUCCUGCUGGAGAUGGGCAAGUUCUUCCAGAUCCAGGAUGACUACCUUGAUCUCUUUGGAGACCCCAGUGUGACGGGAAAGGUCGACACUGACAUCCAGGACAACAAAUGCAGCUGGCCGGUGGUUCAGUGUCUCCUACGAGCCACUUCUCAGCAACACCAGAAAGUAGAGGAGAAUUAUGGGCAGAAGGACCCAGAAAAAGUGGCGCAGGUGAAAGCACUGUAUGAGGCGCUGGAUCUGCAGAAUGUGUUCUUCAAGUACGAGGAAGACAGUUACAACCACCUCAAGAGUCUCAUAGAGCAGUGCUCUGUGCCCCUGUCCCCAUCCAUCUUCCUAGAACUAGCAAAGAAGAUCUACAAGUGGAGAAAGUGA